AUGGCUCAAAAGCUCCAGACCGCUACCCCCAUCACGAUAGCCUCUGUCUCCCAAGAGAUGACUUCUCGAAAAGUGCGGGUAGCUGGAAGGGUACUCGCACACAACACAGAAGCAAGUCUGCUGCUCCUCGCCGACGGCGACGCUGCGCUAUUCGUCGAUAUAUCGCUCUGCCUCAGCCCUUUCAAGUCCGCACCAUGGUUGCAAGAGAUCAACACGCCCGUACUCGCUCUAGGCUACAUCGAAGAGUCGCCGAACCCUCUUCCGCUGCCAACGCUGCCGCUGCACGCGCCCAGCGCGACCAAGGUUGAUCCAUAUCUCGUCCUGAAGGCCCUGUUAGUGACAGAAGCUCCGGACCUCGACUUGGCCAUGUGGAACCAUGCGAUAGAGGAGAGGAGGAAAUGUGCCCUCGAAAGUCACGCGCUGUGA